GAACGAGCCCAAUACCAAACCAAUCAGGUGUUUGACGAAAUUAUUCUUCAGUCGUCAUUGUUCACGUGCUGCUGAUAAAGUGACACUGCUUUGAAUUAUACCGCUUAGCGUCUUCAGUACAUGCCUCAUAGCUCCAGUCUCAAACUAAACCCCGUUCCUGCUGAAGAAGAUAAGGUCUGCUGGAUGGAGAAAGACGCUCUCGUGAAAGAGGAGGAGGAAGAGGAGGCUGUUACAAUACAAAAUCAAGUAGAGGUUGAGGCUGUUACAGUGAAAGAAGAAGAGAAAGACGUUUCAGUUAAAGAAGAGAAAGACGUUUCAGUUAAAGAAGAGAAAGACGUUUCAGUUAAAGAAGAGAAAGACGUUUCAGUUAAAGAAGAGAAAGACGUUUCAGUUAAAGACGAGAAAGACGUUUCAGUUAAAGAAGAGGAAGAUGUUUCAGAUAAAGAAGGGGAAGACGCGUUCAGAGUGAAAGAGGAGGAGGAAGAGAAAUUUGUCACAAUACAAAAACAAGUAGAGGUCGAGCCUGUUACAGUGAAAGAGGAGGACGACGACGUUUCAGUGAAAGAAGAGGAGGGGGAGGUGACUGUCACAUCGAACAAUGAAGAAGAGGAGGAAACUGGAUAUCUGGGCCCGGUUUCCCAAACGCAUCUUAAGGCAUCCGAUGGCUCAAACGGUGAACUUAGCAAUAAUAUGGUUUUGAGAAACCGUUCCCUGAUUAACACUCGAGAGAGACAUGACUAUCGUGGAUCCUCUGGGGAGCCUCAACAACCUCAUGAUGCUGACGAGGCAGAGGAGAGUCUCUCCACAUCAAAACACCUCAAGAAACACCAGCAGAGACCCACAGGGAAGAAAGCUCAUUGCUGCUCUGACUGUGGGAAAGGUUGCAAAUCUUCAUCAGUACUUAAAAAACACCAGAGAACACACACAGGAGAGAAACCAUACUGCUGCUCUAACUGCGGGAAGAGUUUCUUAAGAUCAGAUGCACUAAAAAUACACAUGAGAAUUCACACCGGGGAGAAACCUUAUAGCUGCUCUAACUGCAGGAAGAGUUUCAUAAGAUCAGAUGCACUAAAAAUACACAUGAGAAAUCACACAGGGGAGAAACCUUAUAGUUGCUCUAACUGCAGGAAGAGUUUCUUAAGAUCAGAUAUACUAAAAAUACACAUGAGAAUUCACACUGGAGAGAAACCUUAUAGCUGCUCUAACUGUGGGAAAAGUUUCUUAAGAUCAGAAUCACUAAAAAAUCACAUGAGAAUUCACACUGGAGAAAAACCUUAUAGCUGCUCUAACUGUGGGAAGAGUUUCUUAAGAUCAGAAUCACUAAAAAAUCACAUGAGAAUUCACACCGGAGAGAAACCAUAUAUCUGUGAUCAAUGUGGGAAGAGUUGUACUACAUCUAGCUAUCUGACUACACACCAGAGAACACAUACAGGGGAGAAACCUUAUAGCUGUGAUCAGUGUGGGAAGAAUUUUACUACAUCAACCCAUCUGAUUGUACACCAGAGAUCACACACAGGAGAGAAGCCUUAUAGCUGUGAUCAAUGUGGGAAGAGUUUUCCUACAUCUAGCCAACUGACUUCACACCACAGAACACACACAGGAGAGAAACCUUAUAGUUGUAAUCAAUGUAGGAAGAGUUUCACCACAUCUAGCCAGCUGGCUUCACACCAGAGAACACACACAGGAGAGAAACCUCAUAGCUGUGAUCAAUGUGACAAGAGAUACUCUGAUAAAAGAUAUCUGAUCAAACAUCAGAAAAUACAUGGAAUUAUUUCAUGAUAUCAAUGAAUUAAUGUCACAAUGUAGAAUGUUUUAACAUUGUAGUAGGAGUAUUUUAAUGAUAUCACAAUGUAGAAUAUUUUAACAUUGUAGUAGGAAUAUUUUAAUGAUGUCACAAUGUAGAAUAUUUUAACAUUGUAGUAGAAGUAUUUCAAUGAUGAAAUUAUCGUUUGUCCUGUUAAAUUGAUUGCAGCAUGAUAUGGAUAUUAGCCUCCGGGGAAAAUCCAGGCUCUGAAUUGAAAGAGCAUUAUUUAACAAAAAGUGAAUAACAAAAAUAGAGCUGGACUUCAAACUGUAGCCAGCUGUUUUCUACAAGUUGAAAAAUCUGCUUGUUUAAAAAAUACAUGUAAUAUGAUAAUUUUUGCAGAUGUUUGUGUAUAUACACAUGAAAGCAGUACAAUAAAUUGGUCUAUAAUCAAUGUUAUUAACAAUCUGACAUCACUC